AUGGACGCAAUGGUGGUAUCAGAGGUCAAUGCCCCUCGGGCGGAAGACGAUGACCCUCGUCCUGAAUCUUUUCUGGAGAGGCCACCGGUUGAAGCAGAAAACAAGUUUCAAAAGGCAAUCGCCGCAUGGCGCAACAUCGACCUUUCCUCGUUGAUGCCCCAGUUAGAUUCUACAGCCUCCGAGAUUGUCGCUCAGCAGAGAGACGCCUUGCUCGAACGGAAGGAACUCGCUCAGAAGACGAAAGACUUUCGGAAAUUGGAAGAUGCAGCAAAGUUGACGGAAUACAAGACACUCUUGAAAUCGUAUCAAACUUUCAUUGACCUGAUUACUGGCCAUGGCAAGACUUCCUCGUCCGCCUUCCUCCAACUAUACCAAUCUUUGUCCGAGGCUCCGGAUCCCUUUCCUCUUCUCGAAGCCUCUGUCGAUUCCCUGGUCGCGUCAGAGGAUACAGUGCCCAAGCUCACUAUUGAGAACCAGCAGCUUCUCUCUAGAGUUAGCAAAUUGACUGCUCAGCUGGAGGAAACAGAACGAAAACUGCAAGACGAAAGCAAAACCAGAAAAGAUGCUGAGGCUGGAACUAGUGCUCUGGUUCAGGAGGUUGAAGACAAAUGGGCAAAUGUCUUGGAGGAAAAGCAGAACAACUGGGCAGCAAAAGAGCGUUCUCUGGAAGAAAAGGUCGAGAACCAGGACAGGCUACUCAAAGAAUUGAAAGCCAGCUACGAAGUGUCUCAAAGACUUCAAGAUGGGUCGGCCGAAGCAGCCUCGUCUAAGGCUGCCGCUGCAGAGCUGGAGAUGACGACCUACGAACUGGAGAAGACAACUGCCCGUCUUGCGGAGAUCGAAGCGAGGAACGAACAGCUUCGAGUCGACCUUGCUAGGGCCACUUCGCAGAGCGUUGAAAAUCACAACGUGGAAGACGAUCCUUCCUUUCUACGCUUGCAGUCCGAAAACUCUUCUCUUCUUCGGAAAAUUGAGUCUACAAGGUUUGAGAGAGAAACGGAGAAGAGAGAUUGGGACAACAAGCUACGUCAGGUCGAUAGACAGCGAUCCCAACUCGCAAGUGAGAACGAGGAGCUUCGUACCAAGGUCAGUAAAUGGUCUGAUUAUGAAGAUCUGAAAAGGGAGUUAGACACCCUACGGUCAAUCGAAUUGUCAAUUGGCGACGACGAAGAUGGGGGUGAGGCUCCCAUUGACCGGGAAGCUGAGACGAAGCAAUCCUUGGAGCAGCUGCUACUUGCGCGCAACAAGAAGCUGACGAAUGAACUGACACUGCUGCGAGUAUCACACCAAGACCUUCAACGUCAGCUUGAAGAGCUCCAAGAAGAGCUGUCGAGGACCAAUGCCGAGUUAGAGAAGUCCCAGAAGCUUUCUUCAACCCUGGAGAACGACCUCAUGCGUGUGCAGGAGGAGGCUGCAAAUGCACUUCCCUCUUCCGGGAUGUCUGUCGCGGGAACGUAUGUGUCUCGGCAUCCCAUGGGUUCUUUACGACGAGGAAGGGCAUCAUCGCCAACAUCUUCCAUCAUUUCUGGCUAUGAUAUGCAGCCGAGAACAAACACAUUUGAGACACUACGAGGAGGAGAACCAGUUGGUGGGGGCACUGGCAUUUUGCCGAUGAUCCAGGCUCAAAGAGAUCGAUUCAAGCAGAAGAACCAGCAACUUGAAGAAGAGCUAUCCAAGACUUACGCAACAGUAACUUCCUUGCGUCAAGAAGUGGCCUCGCUGCAGAAGGAUAACUUGAAUUUGUACGAAAAAACACGAUAUAUCUCAGCGUACAAUCGGGGCCCAACGACAUCUUCAUCCUUUUCUGGACCACCAGGACACACGACGGUUCAUGUGGAUGACAGCACGACCGGCCGCUGGAAGUCACAAUACGAGGCCAAUAUUUCUCCUUUUGCCGCGUUUCGUGGCCGGGAAGCUACACGUGCUUACAAACGCAUGAGCUUCCCGGAAAGGAUCAUAUUUUCCUUGACGAGGGUCGUUCUCGCUACCAGAACUUCGCGCAAUGUCUUUGCCGGCUAUUGUCUUGCUCUUCACAUGCUGGUGUUCGUGAUGCUCUACUGGAUGGGCACCAUGGAUGUUGAUCGGAACGUUGUCCAUCUGGGCGAAGCAGCAGCAGCGGCUGCGGUUGGCGGCGCAGGGCUUCCUUCACCUGAGUUCCACGACCCAGAUUGGCAUCAGCAGGAAUUUGGAUAG